AGCUUGUUGUCGGCGCAAACGCACUCGUUGGCUUGAUCAACACAGUAGGCUCUCCUAGAAGCUCCAAAAUGUCUGACAACGAGGGAGAUUCCACAAUGCACUCGUCCCCCCGCAACGGCUCCGACGAUGAAAUGUUCCCAGAUGAGGCGUUGCCAAACAACCCUGCAACACCACACAACCCCGUCAUUGGCCUGACGGGUGACAGCGAACUCUCACCCCCCAAUUCACAAACCCAGACGCGCGAGACGCUCGGGGUCAAUUCAAACGGAAAACGCCCAUUGCCGCCCAGUAUGACGUCUUCAGGCCCAGGCAAUCCGGCUGCGGUUGGCUCGCACCACGAUGCUGAGACGGGCUAUCAGUGGAGCAUACAGGAGGACCAGCCGGGCUUCGCGUGGAAGAACACGAGGGCGCGCGAGGAAGAGGCGAGGGCACUGGACAGCAUUGUUGACAAGAGCCAGAUGAUCAAGCUGCGAUAUGGCGACCCGAUGGAUGCGACCGUGGCUGCCAAGAUGAAGCGCUGAACAAGGACACCCGUACCCUUCUGAAGGGGCCGGAAUAGAGGUAUCGAGUACCACGAUGGCAUGAAUGAAUAUGACACGAGGAUACUUGCGCUACGACAUAUAUUUGAUGGGAGAUGCACCGCCUCAACGGCCAGUACCAUUAGGGCUAUGAGCCACACAGGUUGUGACCUUCUUGCGUUGAGAUUGAAGAUUACAGUCAGACAGCUCUAGUAUAGCAUACAUGGCUAGAACACAGGUUCAAUAAAUCUCACUACCAAACUC